AUGGGCCCGAAUAAGGUACGCGAUGGUCUACGUAGGUUUUGUUAUGAUCUGUUCCAAGCAGACUAUACGCCUUGGUGCGCGGGAGCUGGAGAGUUGGACGAUAUGGCACAACAUGUGCACAAUGACCUUCAAAUUCUUGGUAGAAGCCGUGGUGCCCUGGCUGAAAAACGAUCAUUUCUUGCGGACAUUUUCCACACCGCAUACGACACCGUUAAAAUGGGGUUGGAUGGAAACUACGAGGAUAAAUUCUUUGGGGUUAUUGAGACAGAUGCUCCAAUAGAGUACGACAAAAAUGUGCGACGGCUUAGGGCUGUUAUUCAGCAUCUUAAUAUAUCCUUUGCAAGGAAAAUGAGCCAAACUGGACCCAAAGAUCAAAUCGAAAAUCCGUCAUUAACCGACUUUGGUGAAGAGUCUACGGCGUCUUCUAUUGAGAUGGAAAUCGACGAAGAUUCCCAGUCAUCAAGAAGUUCAAUGGAGUCUCUGAAAACGACAAUAACAAUUGAAAAGGUGGUUCAGAUGCUGGGGAGAAGUCGUGGCCGAGAGAUUCCUGGAACAUUUAAUCCUAUGCUUAUUAGUCAUUUAUUCUGGGAGCAAUCAGAAGACUGGGUUGCAAUAGCUGAAAGGCAUAUUGUGAGAGUUCAUGCGGCCUGCACAAGGUUUCUACACUUCAUCUUGGACCACGCAACAGCACCAGAAAUCAAACAGCGGUUGUUUGACUUUGCUGUAGCUCCGGUAAUGAAGUCAAUUCACCAGGCUGCCUUAGAUGAACUACCUAAAAAAGCCACCAUUGAUGUGGAUGAGAAGACAUGGACGAGUGGUAAAGGUUAUGAGACGAAAGGCUAUGUUGACCCUAUCAUUCUGAAUGGAAUCCUUCCACAGGCUGUAAAACAAAAUAUGGACAAAUUUUCCGCUGAACAGGCUGUCAAUGCAAGUAAUGCAUACUAUAAGGCAGAGCGCAAGUAUUUUAUCGACGUGGUGGCUAAGCAAGUGGUUGAACGACAUCUAGUUGCUCCUUUGGCAGGGGUUUUCUCGCCAAGAGUGUUAGCUUGCUACAGUGAUAAAGAGAUCAAUUUUCUGGCAGCUGAAUCUGCGGAGGUGGUACAACUCCGGCAGCAUUUAGAGAACAAAUAUGGUAUGCUGCAGCAAGGUCAAGAAGCUUUUCGGAUGGCAAUGGGGCAAUCUGUAGGGCUAGCAUGA